ACUCAGUUGACUGAUUACUCCAUAAGUGAUCCUCAAGAAAAUUGCUUGUCAAAAAACGAACAGUUGGAAUUUGAAGAGGACAGUGAUCCUGCAUCUGAAAGUUCCCUCCCACCAUUUGUAAAUAUCUGUAGUGAUGAUGACAAUCGAAGCACAAGUUCUGUUCCAUGCAGUGAUGUGACCUCGGCUGAAUUUAACCCUGGUGGUUCUUUUACGCAAACAGAUGAGAAGACAAGGUCGUCGGUUUCUGUUAAGAGUGUGAAACCCUCUAACUGGGAAUUUCUAAGAGAUCCAUUAUUUCUUAGAUACAAGGAAUUUGUACUGUUGUCGUCUCGACUGAACAAGAUUAAAAAUGGCAGCACAUAAUUUCUGCGUAAGUUAUGGACAAAGGACCAAAUUGUUGACAGUUUCAGCAGAUCAAGAACUUCUCCAAACUUUGAAGUCAAAGAUCAACUUGAAGUUUUCUGUAGACAGCAGUGAUUACACAAUUAAACUCAAGCUAGAACAGUUUCAGUCUGAUGUAGAUAUUGAUCAAGAAGAUCCGGAUGAUCUUGAAUUAUUGAAAAAUGGAGGCAGCAUUCUUCUGGAAAAGGUCGGCGAUUGUGCAUCAAUCUCUUCAGAUGUUCAGAACCAAUGCCCAGAGAGAUCAACCCCAGACAAAGCUAACAUCCAGGAAUCAUUGGACAGCCCUGCAUCUCAGAGACUACCUGACAAACCAGCAACAUCAUCAAAGGCCAAGGUUUUCGAUGUGAGGGAUAUCGUGAGAAAUCAUCCACGUGGAGGUCGCAUCGAAGAUGAAUAUUCCAAAAACAACACCAUCACGUCAGAAACACGGCACCUGCUAACAAGUAUAGUAGCAUCCGAGAUGGUGAAAGUAUUCACUUAUUACCCAAGCAGAGAAGAGAAGAUCAUGCUAGCAAAGAGAAUAAUUGCGGCAUAUCCAAGUCUCGGGUCAAACUCAAAAUGUCCCUAUGACAUUUGGUUUGAUCCCACGGAUGCAACCCGUGUAUAUUUGAGUACCAAACUGAACACCAUGAGGAGAAGCCUUCCCCGAGAACAUCAGCAGCGUCCUCGCACAGGAAAGUAUAAAGGCAUAAUAAAGGCCCAGAAGAAAGAAAGCAUCAAGCGCACAUAUGACCAUCUGCAGGAGAUUUCCACUGAAGAAGAGGAGGAGCUGAUCCUUUUCAGUAAGAGAGCAACAGCAGACGGCAGAGAUGAGAUAAUAUUAGCGAUGGACAAGACCUUUCAGAACAGGCGUAAUUGGAUAUUUAAUACCACGCCAGGUGUGAUGGAUAUCUUGGAGCGAUACCCAAGAUUCCGUGAUACUCCAGCUCUUGCUCAACUGGAAUUCAAACUUCUGUUCCCAGAUGCCACAUCAAAGUUAAUCAGUACCUGGGAGACCAGGUUCGUGCAGGGGAUUCUGCACAUCGCUAAGAUUUCCCGGCUGCCCAAAAUCAAGGCGUUGAUGGAGGACCUAUACAGUCCAGCUUCAAAUAACGAUGGACAGUACACACCCUCUGAUGGGAAGAGGUCACUCUACGCAUUCCUUGCUGCCGUGUACCUGCUUCCUUCCAACUCUGGAAAACGGACUUCGUUAACAGACGCUGUCCAGUAUUUCCUGGUGACAAAACCGCAUGGAACCAGUGUAGCCUCUUUCCUUGAAGAUGAACAGAGGCAGCCAGUGCAGAAAAGGACCCAACACUACCUGCUAGGAGUAGGCAACAAGCGAAGCCCAUCACAGUUCUUCGUCAUCAUAGACAAGCAAGCAAUUCAGUGCAGUACGGGACCAGACAUCACUCAAGCAGUAGACGUCAUGUUCAAGCUGCACUACAUCUUCAAUCUCCACUACGCGGCUGAACUGAAAUCCUUCUAUGCAUUCCUUGAACAUUAUGUUUACGGCAUCGGCAUUGCAGGAAGUGCUAUACCAGUCCGCGCCAAAGACCUUAUGUCCAACAUCACUGCUGUUAGUAGCAAGGAAGUGGUGUCGUAAGCAGGCCAUCCAGUAGCCUUUGAUCACUGCAUUGGAGUAAGUUUCAUGCAAAAGUCUGUCAUGUAGAAGUUUUAUCCUGGGUUUUAUGGAGGUUUGUACCGUUGUGCUCGUGUUGCAAACAAAACAUGCUCAAGAGGAGAAAGGAAAGCUAUCAAGGAUAUUAAUGACUUACUAGACACUAGUAUCAUAUAUGUCUCUGUUGCAGAGUGGCUUGAAGGAAGUGGCACAUAUUCCUAAGUCGUGAUAUAUAAGACCCAUUCAAGUCGAUUUGAAGUUCUGACUUACAGUCAUCCUCAAAAUUAUUCAUGCCCAUUUGAAAGUUGCAGUUUAUUGCAUUUUUCACACAAUUUGAAGUUGGAAGUUACUUGCACAUCAGUUAAACAUGUUUAUUCAUCAGAUAAAAUUAUGUAAAAUUUUGAUGUUCAAAAUUAUUCAUACACUUGAACAAUGAUUAUAAUGCUUCACCCGUGGUGUCAUAAAGCUCGUGGAGGUGUCUACUGGGAUAUCAGACCAAUUCCUUGUCUCAGAUAUCCUCAUCAUUGAGGAUGUGUCCUCCCAUGCCUUUACAUGCACGUUUGUAGGGGUCCAGAGAUUAUAAGUACUUUAUAUCUACAGGGGGUGAAGUUAUGGAUUUUCGGACAGAAUUAUUUAUAUCUGUUAAUUUUCAUGAAAAUUCUGUUCUGAAAUUAUGCAAAUAUGUACUAGCUCUUCCUAGACCAUUGUCAGUGCAGAAAUUUACUGUUGCACUAUCCCAGGAACCCUCAUGUGCCUGACUUUGUUCUUGUUCAAAAUGUUGAAGGAGGCCAUGGUGGUGGUGGUUGGGUCAAUGCCAGAUGCCUGUGCUAUGUCACUAAUCUCACAGUAUGAAACAAUGAAUUACAAUAUAUCACGUGUGAACUAUACAGGGAGAUUUGAUCAUGCUGAGAUAAGUCUGUUGUGAUUUUAUCCGUAGUAAUGUCAUCAAGAAGGUGAAAUUAGCAUUCGUGAUAGGGUAUUUACUGGUAUUGUGUGUAGCCUGUAGCCUAGGGGAUACUGUGAUUGCAAAGACAUGACCAGUAUAAGAGUCCGAUAGGUUUGUUUGAUGAUAGUUCAUGGCGAUUUUGAGGGGAAAACUUGUGAUCAAAGAUAUCAAUCACUUUCUUUCCGUCACAAAAUGAUGGGUCAAUAUUUGAUGCUCAUGUGAAUCAUUAUAGUACAUCUAUCUCUUAGCACACUUAGCAUAUAAUUAAAAAGUCGACUCUUGUGUUCAUGGAGUUGGAGUCACGACCACCAACAGGGAGUCGCGACUCCAACUCCAUGAACACAAGAGUCGACUUUUUAAUUAUAUGCUAAGUGUGCUAAGAGAUAGAUUUAGCAACCUAGUCGUGCAACUCUAAUGAUCAUUAACAUUUUUAUGCCUCUGCCACGAAGUGGCCGGAGGCAUUAUGUUUUCGGGUUGUCCGUCCGUACGUACGUCCCGUUCUCGUUAUCGCAUUUACUCAAGAACUGAUUGACAGAUGAUAACCAAACUUGGUCCAUGUUUGUAUCUUGGGGUGCCAAUGAGCUGAUUAGAUUUUGGGGUCAUGAGGUCAAAGGUCAAAGGUCACAGGGCUCAUUAUAUAUGCAAAAAUAGCUCAUUAUUGCAUUAUCACAAGAAUGACUUGAUGGAUUCGCACUAACCUAGGAUCAUGUAUGCUACUUGGGGUGCCAAUAAACUGAUGAAAUUUUGGGGUCAUGAGGUCAAAGGUCACAGGGCUCAUUAUAUAUGCAAAACUAGCUCAUUAUUGCAUUAUCACAAGAACAACUUGAUGGAUUCUCACUAACCUAGGUUCAUGUAUGCUACUUGGGGUGCCAAUGAACUGAUGAAAUUUUGGGGUCAUGAGGUCAAAGGUCACAGGGCUCAUUAUAUAUGCAAAACUAGCUCAUUAUUGCAUUAUCACAAGAACAACUUGAUGGAUUCUCACUAACCUAGGUUCAUGUAUGCUACUUGGGGUGCCAAUGAACUGAUGAAAUUUUAGGGUCAUGAGGUCAAAGGUCACAUGGCUCAUUAUAUAUGCAAAACUAGCUCAUUAUUGCAUUAUCACAAGAACAACUUGAUGGAUUCUCACUAACCUAGGUUCAUGUAUGCUACUUGGGGUGCCAAUGAACUGAUGAAAUUUUGGGGUCAUGAGGUCAAAGGUCACAGGGCUCAUUAUAUAUGCAAAACUAGCUCAUUAUUGCAUUAUCACAAGAACAUCUUGAUGGAUUCUCACUAACCUAGGUUCAUGUAUGCUACUUGGGGUGCCAAUGAACUGAUGAAAUUUUGGGGUCAAAGGUCACAUGGCUCAUUAUAUAUGCAAAACUAACUCAUUAUUGCAUUAGCACAAGAACGACUUGAUGGAUUCUCAUUAACCAAGGUUCAUGUAUGCUACUUGGGGUGCCUGCAAUGAACUGAUGAAAUUUUGGGUCAUGAGGUCAAAGGUCACAGGGCUCAUAUGCAACUAUAGCUCAUUAUCGCAUUAUCACAAGAACGACUUGAUGGAUUCUCACCAACUUAGGUUCAUGUAUGUUACUUUGGGCACCAUUGAACUGAUUAAAUUUGGGGGUCAUGAGGUCAAAGGUCAUAUAGUUGUACUUUUAUAUGAAAAUGGCUCAUUAUUCCAAUAAUUCACAAUCAAUUAUUAAAACAACUUCAAAAUUGUUUCAUGCAUGCAUGAGGGAGUGACAGUGAUAGGAUUAGAUUAUCCGAGUUCUUGAAAAAUGUGCGUGAAUGUACAUGUAUGAUAUAUUUUAGAUCUGGCAAUGGCGGAGGCAUGAAUUUCGACUGCGCGCAGUCGAAAACCCAUCUAGUUUGCAUUGUAAAAAAAAUAAUUCUAGCAGAGUCUGUGUAAAUAUAUAGUUCUUUUGUUGUUUCAUGGGCAAAUGAUUAAAGGACAAAUACAAGAAUGUUGAUCUUUCCAUAUAAUUAUAUGGUAUCAAUAAUAGAAUAAUAGAUAGAAUGUAUAUGGAUACUGAUGGGGUGAAAUGGAGAUUUGUUAUCCUGAAUCACAUUUCUAUAGCACAAAUAAUAUAUAAUCCUGGCUUGUGUAUCCAAAAAUUAUGUUAAAAUAAUAUGUAACAGGAUACAAACAGAAAAUGGAAGACAUUGCAAUAGUUCAAAUGUAAUCUUUCUGGAUAAAAUAUUGCAAAAAUAAUUGACAUUAUUGUUCUAAGAGAGCUUUUCUUUGACCUCUGUAUGUUAGGAAAUUAUUACUGAAUGAAUAGCACAGAUACCAAAUAUCAUGUGUUAUUUAUAGACAUACAUGUAAUUGGCAACACAUUGUCAUAUUUUCAAAUCAGAUUUCAGCAUUCAAAUGGGCAACUGCAUGGUAAUGUUACUUAAUCUCUGUCUUGAAUUUGUUAUAUAUUAAUACUUUCUACCUAUUUUAUGUACAAUUAAAGUGUAUUUAAAGAUUAGGUGUCAUCAAUUUAAUGAGGGAAAUGAUCAGGUUUGCCUUGAAAUAACUCUUAUACAUGUUCUUGAUUGGUAUCAGUGUGAAUUGAAUUAAUGCUUUGCUGGUAAGUGGACCGAUAUCGAUGGGAAUUGUGUUUUGAAUUUUUCAAUUUGUAUAAUGCAUGUAUGAUAUUUUACCAUUCAAUUUUUGACAGGUGCUAUUAAACAUAGCACAGUGUGUUAAUAUGUUGCAGGAAAUAAACCAUUUUUUAAUUUU